AUGGAAGAAACAUCUUUCGCACCAUAUUUCAUUAUCAGGGGAUAUGCUUCGAGCGAAUCUCCACAAGAUGCCAUUUCGGUAUUUGGGGAAAUGCGAAGACGAGGAAUCAGACCCAAUAACCUCACUUACCCCUUCCUUCUCAAGGCCUGUGCGACUCUCGCGGCGCUACAAGAAGGUAAGCAGUUUCAUGCUGUUGCCAUAAAGUGUGGUUUGGAUUUAGAUGUUUAUGUUCGGAACACUCUGAUUAAUUUCUAUGGGUCCUGCAAAAGAAUGUCUGGUGCACGGAAGGUGUUCGACGAAAUGUCUGAAAGAACCUUAGUUUCGUGGAAUGCGAUUAUUACAGCGUGUGUUGAGAAUUUAUGCUUUGAUGAAGCGAUUGACUACUUUUUGAAAAUGGGAAACCAUGGUUUUGAGCCGGAUGAAACCACAAUGGUGGUUAUAUUAUCUGCUUGUGCAGAGCUUGGUAACUUGAGCUUAGGGAGAUGGGUUCAUUCUCAAGUGGUGGGAAGAGGGAUGGUUUGGAAUGUUCAAUUGGGCACUGCCUUCGUCGACAUGUAUGCUAAAUCUGGUGAUGUGGGAUGUGCUAGGCUUGUAUUCAAUUCUUUGAAACAGAGAAGUGUAUGGCCAUGGAGUGCAAUGAUUUUGGGGCUAGCCCAACAUGGAUUUGCCAACGAAGCCAUUGAACUUUUCACAAAUAUGAUGAGCUCCUCUGUUGUCCCUAACUAUGUCACUUUCAUUGGUGUCCUAUGUGCCUGCAGCCAUGCCGGAUUGGUGGAUGAAGGCUACCACUACUUCAACAUUAUGGAGAGAGUUUAUGGGAUUAAGCCAAUGAUGAUACAUUACGGAUCAAUGGUGGACAUCUUAGGACGUGCAGGUCGUGUCAAAGAGGCUUAUGAGUUCAUCAUGAGCAUGCAUGUGCAGCCUGAUCCGAUCGUGUGGAGGACAUUGCUAAGUGCAUGCAGUGCUCGUGAUGUUGAUGGUGGGGCUCAGGUUGCAGAGGAGGCAAGAAAGAGACUCCUUGAGCUGGAGCCGAAGAGGGGCGGAAAUGUGGUGAUGGUUGCGAACAUGUUUGCUGAAGUUGGGAUGUGGAAGCAGGCAGCAGAUUGCCGGAGGACGAUGAAAGAUAGAGGAAUCAAAAAGAUGGCUGGGGAGAGUUGCAUCGAAGUGGGUGGCUCCUUGUGUAAAUUCUUCUCGGGUUUUAAUGCUCGAGCUGAUUCUCAUGGCAUUUACGAUUUGCUUGAUGGAUUGGACCUGCAUAUGCAAAUCAUAAACUUCUAAUUAGUUUAAGUUACAAAUUUCUGAUGAUCGAUCUGUUUGCUGACACAAUGAUUUACUGAUUUUUUUGUUUGUAAUUUGUAAUGAUUU